AUGCCUCGCUCGUCCAAGAGACAGACGAGGCUGACCUUCGAUCCGCUUCCAACCUCGUCGUCUGCCCCAUCUGACAUCAGUAAAUCACAACGCGACCGCGCAGCAACCGUCCGCUUUGAAGGAGCAAGCCCAUCCAAGAGGCGCAAAGUCCGAGAUGCACCUGGAGCCUCGUCACUUGCUACAGUCGUCGCACAUGACAUGCCUGAGAAGAGCCUACCACCUACACCCGAUCCCUCUGCCACAAACUCCUUCGGCGCAUCCGCUGUCAGCGACGACGAAAUCAGACACACACAACGAUUGUCGAGUCGCAAGAGUCAGAAGAAACAGCAGAAGCUCGACCUUACACCAUCCAGCCCCAGAGCUGCUAUCAACAAUGCACGGCCAGUCAGAGCUGGCUUCUUUGGAACUCAGCAACAGUUGGACGCCGACUCGAGUGAUUCGGACCAGGACCUGCCAAAGCUCCCAAUCAGGAGUCAGAAGAACAGUAAGCGUCAGAAGAAGCAUAAGUCGCCAUCACCAGAAGUAGAGGAAGAAGAGGUGGUUGUACAAGAACCCCCAACAGUCAUCUCCCACGAAAGUGAAGACGAUCUUCCCGCUACUCCAGCACUGAACCGCAAGCGCAAGCGUCAAGCCGAGAGCUCUUCUCCGCUUGCACUCAUACCUGACGACGAAGAUGAUGACAGCGACGUUGUCGUCACUGGCUCACGGAAACGUUCACUGUCUAGCAAGAAACGAGCACCACCACCACCAGAACUCGACACUGACCUCGACCUCUCUGACGAACCGCCUUCAUCCAGAUCCCGCAAACGCCUCCGAAGAGUCAAAGACGCAGCCCCCAUGAGUACCAUUACCGAGGAGGAAAAGCAAGAGCUGGAGGAUGAUCUGAUGGACCUGGCUUCAAGUGGUAGUGACACUGAAGUCCGAGUUUCACAGAGAAACAAGUCCUCACAGAAGAGUGCUCGUCAGCUCGCACUAGAGCGUCUCAAGGCUAGGAGAAAGGCUCCUAUGAGCAGUAUCGUUGAAGACGAGGAUGACGAGGACGAAGAGCAGGCUGACGAAGAGGAGGAGUACGCACAGAGUUCAGACGAAGACGGGGAGGAGGAUUAUGACGACUUGCCAGAACUCUCCACACAUAGAACGACGCGCAAGCAGAUGUUCGCUGAAGAUGAGGAAGACGAGGGAUUCGUCAUCGACGACGACGGCCCUCUUGGAGUACCUACCAAUGUGCCCAUCGCCUUCACACGCUACGCCUCGAUGAAAGCCAAGGAUCUCUUCCGCUUCGCCAUCGACUGGAUGGUCCAGAAGAAAAUCAACCCAGCCUUCCAGAUGGACGAUGAGAUCUACGAUCUGACAUUCAAGAAGCUCGACGACGAGGUCAAAGGAUUGGCAGGCUCCAAGUUCCAGUCGGCGGCAUGGACCUCGACAUUCACACUCGCACUCCAAGCAAGACCAGACCUUCUUUCAGCCCGCCUAGACCGCCAAUCUUCAGCCCACUUCGGCCGCGACAAAUGUGAUGCCUGCAACAGGACAGGCCAUCCCGCCACCUACGAGAUCAAGUUCGAGGGUAAGCCAUACGACAAGAACUCUCUUGAACCCGUGGCACCUCGCAAAGACCCGGAUGAUGAAGAAGACGACGACGACGAUGACUCAAACUCAGAAAGCAGCGUCGACUCCACCGCACCCAUCAAUCACGACUCCAUGGGCCGCCACAUCGCCUCGGAAGAAACAGUCUUCUACCUCGGCAAAUUCUGCAUGUCCAAUGCCGAGACCGCACACUCGCUCCAACACUGGCGAUACCAUCUCUACGAGUGGGUGGUCGAGUGGCUGGAGUCUGCGGGCUGGAACACUCCCAAACUCAUCGUUAAGCGCGAUGGCUGGAGUGUCAGGAAGCGCAGAAAGCAUGCCAACAAGAUUGUGGAUAUCAUGGAGGAGCAGGGCAAGAUCAAGGCGCUGUAUUCGGACUUUAAGAAGGAGAUUGAUACGGCGAGGAAUGCGAAGCAAGGGCGUUGGGAUAGUUCGCCUUGA